UCCCACCCGAACGGUCAGCAGCCAGCCGCGUACCAAGAAACCAGGAGAGAGCACGACGCAGCCAGCCAUGAGCGCGUCCGAGCAGGAGGAGGAGAUCGCCGGCCCCGUCGCCGUCAGGAGGAGGCGGGACGGCAAGGAGGCGGCGGCGGCCAACGAGGAGCCGGCGCUCGCGGCGCUGGCGGACGACGUGCUGCUGCAGAUCCUGGGCCGCCUGGAGGAGGACCCGCGCGACUGGGCGCGCGCCUCCUGCGCCUCCCCGCGCCUCGCCGCGCUCCUCCGGGCCGCCUGCUUCCCGCCCCGCGUGUCCCGGGCCCUCCCCGCCGAGCUCCUCCCCGCGCCGUCCGCUGACGGCAACCCCGCCGCGUGGGCCGCGCUCCACAAGAUGUCCGUCUGCUGCCCCGGCCUCCUCCGCGCCGGGAUCCUCCUCGAGCCCUCCGACGACUUCGGCCUCGAGCUCGACAUCGGGCCCGACCUCACCGUCCCCGCCUCCUCGUCCUCCUCCUCCCUCGAGCCCACCGCCACCUCCGAGCCAAGAACCACCCCGCUGCCGAACCCCAGCCACCCACCGGCCGACCCCGACGCCGCCGUGUGGUCACUCUACGAUGACCUCUACCUGGACGCGGCGUACGACUGCACCUCCGAGGCGCACAUCCCUUCCGCCCCCGCCCCCGCCCCCGCCCCCGCCCCCGCCGCACCGGCAGACUCGCCCCCAACACCACCACCAGCACCACCACCCAAUGCCGGCCGGCGGGGCGUGGCGUCGGGGACCCGGCGGCGCCCGCGGAGGUGGCUGGGGCCCGUGGGCGCGCACCUGGCGUCGGGCUCCCGGACGCUGAGCCGCGAGCAGGGCAACAAGCUCCUGGCCAGCCGCUUCCGGGGCGACCGGCUCUACAUCUGCGACUGGCCCGGGUGCGUGCACGCGGAGGAGCGGCGCAAGUACAUGGUCUUCCGCGGCGUGUUCCAGGACUUCGCGCGCUCCCAGGUGCGCCGCGCGCUCCGGGACACGCGCCGCCCCACCGUCGCCGUCGACUGCGCCUUCUGCGGCUGCACCCAGGCCUGGGACCUCUACUCCGCCUUCUGCCUCCGGAGCUUCUACGGCUACCACGACGACGGCGAGCCCGUCGUGCGCGCCUACGUCUGCGAGAACGGACACGUCGCCGGCGCAUGGACCGAGCGCCCGCUCUACUCCUGAGUCCGGACUCUCUCUCCUCCGCUGGCAACAACAAUGGCCGGCGUGCCACGCUCUGCCGUCGUGGAUCUCCGCGAGCUCUCAGAUCGUGCGUGAGUAAUGUAUCUUUUUCUCUUGUUGAUGUCUUGAUGAUGAUGCGGAGCUGGCGAUUCAGAUUUCGCGUCCUCUGGUGUAAGUGUAACUCCUAUGCUUACCGUAACGAAGAAUGGAAGUGGAUAUUUCCAUUAA